AUGAUCGACCCGGCUGCGCCUCGGCCAGAGGGGCAGUUAAUGACUCCGGUUCGUGGUGACAGUGCGAGUGCAACUACACAGAAUCAUCCAAGGAGCUUAGACAGCGCUCUUCAUCGAUAUGGCACAUCGGCUCCGAAGAGUGUGGCGGGUAUGGUGCUCGAUCAAGCUGGUCGGCCCAGUCAGAGUAUCACCUAUGGAAAGCUGCUGAGUCGAGCCAACAAAGUGGCAUUCCUUUUGCUAAACAAGACGAUAUCUGGAGGAAAAGACAACACUAAGGUGAUCGGAGUGGCGCUUAUUUAUCCGAAUACGGAGCCUUUAGCGUUUUUGUCGGCGUUCUAUGGCUGUAUAUUAGCAGGAGUUGUACCAGUACCAGUUGAAGUUCCCUUAACCAAGCGGGAUGCUGGUAUACAACAACUAGGAUUUCUCUUGGGUAGUUGUGGAGUGAAAGUCGCCUUAACAUCGGAUACGUGUUACAAGGGUCUCCCAAAAACCACCGUUUCGUCCACACAGUUUCCUCGAAGUAGCACAUCUGGUCCAAGCUUAUUGACUGGCACCUCGCAAGAGGUUGUCGACCUAAAGUCGUGGCCUCGGCUGUAUUGGGUCAUAACUGAGCAUUUGGGAAAACCAACCCGUGAAUGGAUAGCACCACCCCGUGUCGCUGACGAAAGCAUUGCCUACAUAGAGUAUUCCUGUGAUCGAGAAGGAGCCGUGAAAGGAGUAUGUAUUACGCGACAAGCUAUGCUGGCUCAUUGUCGAGCGAUAACUAGCGCUAUGGAAUACAAGCAAGGCGAAACAAUGAUUUGUGUAUUGGAUUUCAAACGAGAAGUUGGCCUGUGGCAUGCAGUUCUAGCAGCUGUUUUCAAUGGAAUGCGAGUGGUCUUUGUUCCGUACUCCUUAAUGAAAAUCAAUCCUGCAAGUUGGAUGUUACAGGCGACAAAGUUGCAAGGUAUAGCAAUUCGUGUUUUUCCUUUAUGA